UAAUAAAAUCAUAUUUGGGCUUAAAUAAGGCCCAAGAUAUAUUUUCAUCUUGAAUUUACUUCUCUCUCUUCCUUCACUCCGUCUCUUCCCAAGGAAUUCGAAGCUGGAGUAGCCAACCGUGCUUCCAAUCGAAGUUUUCACGGAGUGUUUGAGUUGAGGAAGAGAGUAGAGAACCAAUGGAGGAAGAAUCUCAGAACGGAAACGCGAUUCCGACUAAUGAGUUGACUGUGGCUGCGGCGGCGGCGGCGCCUGAAGUAGACGAGGGAGAGCCGAUGGUCGGACCUGGACUUGCUCCACGCGGCAAACGCAAGCGUCCGCUUCAGUUCGAGCAAGCUUAUCUCGAUUCGCUUCCUUCUGCUAAUAUGUAUGAGAAAAGUUACAUGCACAGGGAUGUAGUUACACAUGUUGCUGUUUCAGCAGCUGAUUUCUUUAUAAGUGGAAGCAUGGAUGGUCACUUGAAAUUUUGGAAGAAAAAGGGUGUCGGGAUUGAGUUUGCUAAGCAUUUCCGCUCCCAUCUCGGUCCAAUUGAAGGUCUAGCGGUUAGCAUUGAUGGUUUGCUUUGCUGUACAAUCUCAAAUGAUGAUGCUGUUAAAAUAUAUGAUGUUGUCAACUACGACAUGAUGGCCAUGAUCCGUUUGCCGUACAUUCCUGGUGCUGUCGAGUGGGUCUACAAACAAGGGGAUGUCAAGGCUAAACUUGCUGUUAGUGAAAAAAACUCUUCGUUUGUGCACAUUUAUGAUCCCCGUUCUGGUUCUAAUGAACCCAUUGCUUCGAAAGAGAUUCAUUCGGGUCCAAUUAAGGUCAUGAAGUACAAUCCUGUAUCUGACACAAUGAUCUCUGGUGACACAAAGGGAAUCAUUGAGUACUGGAGUCCAUCUACGCUGCAGUUUCCUGAGGAUGAGGUAAACUUUAAGCUGAAGAGUGAUACAAAUCUCUUCGAGAUUAUAAAGUGCAAAACAACAAUCUCUGCCAUUGAGGUGAGUCCAGAUGGUAAACAGUUUUCUGUUACGUCUCCUGAUCGUAAGAUUCGCGUUUUCUGGUUUAGAACUGGUAAACUGAGGCGGGUAUAUGACGAGUCACUUGAGAUAAUAAAUUUACACACCAACACCGUUGCAAGGAUCCUUGGAAAGGUGGAGAGUAACGAAAGGUAUCUGAGAGUUGCAUUAUAUCAAGGUGAUCAAGGAGGCAAGAGAGUUAGGAAGAUUCCGGCAGCUGCAGCUAAUGUAAAUGAAAGCAAGGAGCCUUUAACUGAUCCGACUAUCUUAUGCUGCGCCUUCAAGAGACACAGGAUCUAUAUGUUCAGUCGGAGAGAGCCAGAAGAACCUGAAGAUGCAAGCCAAGGAAGGGACGUGUUCAACGAGAAGCCUGCUGCUGAUGAACUUAUGGCUGUCUCAGAUAUUGGAAACUCAGCCACAACAUCUCUUCCAGAGACCGUGAUCAUGCAUACUACGAUGGGUGACAUGCACAUAAAGCUAUACCCAGAAGAAUGUCCCAGAACCGUGGAGAACUUCACAACACACUGUCGAAACGGCUACUACGAUAACCACCUUUUCCACCGGGUUAUCAGAGGGUUCAUGAUACAGACCGGAGACCCUCUUGGUGAUGGUACUGGAGGACAGUCAAUUUGGGGCAGAGAGUUCGAGGACGAGUUUCACAAAAGUCUACGGCAUGACAGACCGUUCACAGUGUCGAUGGCAAACGCUGGUCAAAACACAAACGGGUCGCAGUUCUUUAUCACAACGGUGGCUACACCAUGGCUAGACAAUAAACAUACAGUUUUUGGAAGAGUUGUGAAGGGCAUGGACGUCGUACAGAAGGUGAAGCAUAUAAUCGGAGCUGAGAGACUUGUGACGGAUCUGAAUUUUGGACGUAUAUCUGAGAUGGAUCAUCGAACUGUUCAAUGUGAUUGUGCCAGAGUUAGU